CCCACUGCACGCCAUCAGUGACUUCUGCAUGCUUGGAUGCACGACUUUCAUCUUUCAAAAUGAAAACCAAGUUAGACAGUGUGCUACUGGCCCAGAAGAAGUUCAUCUACCAAUACAAAAACAUGCGGUGGGCUCGCGGUCGCUGUGAGACUUAUCUGUGCUUUGUGGUGAAGAGAAGGAUUGGACCCAACUCACUGUCCUUUGAUUUCGGGCACAUGCGCAAUCGCACCGGCUGUCACGUGGAGGUUCUGUUUCUGCGACACCUGGGUUGGCUGUGCCCAGGCCUAUGGGAUAUUGGUCCGGGUGGAGUGAGGCUAUGCUACUCCGUCACCUGGUUCUGUUCCUGGUCACCAUGCUCGGACUGCGCCCGCCGCCUGUCCAACCUCCUGUCACAGAUGCCAAACUUGCGGCUGCGGAUCUUCAUCUCACGCCUCUACUUCUGUGAUCUGGAAGACAGCAGGGAGAGAGAAGGGCUCAGGGAGUUGAAGAGAGCAGGGGUGAAACUGUCCAUUAUGACUUUCAAAGACUAUUUCUACUGUUGGCAAACAUUUGUGGCUUGCAAUGCAAGAGCCUUUAAGGCUUGGGAUGGACUCCACCAGAACUCUGUGAGACUGUCCAGGAAACUCUACCGCAUCCUCAUGCCUACUGAGACUGAAGACCUGAGAGAUGCGUUUACGCUGCUCGGACUGUGACACUCAUCCUCUUCUGUGCUGAAUAUGAAGAUGCAUUCUGAAAAUUGUUGCUAUAGCAAAGUAGCCUACUGGUGCUAAUCCUGAGACUUGAAUUUUAUCACAUGCACAUAUGUAUAGCAUUUUGGCAUUUAUAGUUACCCGAUAGGUAACUUUUUAUAUGAAAAUCUGUGACUGUUUUUACUGAGAGCAAAAUUAAAUAAAAUACACUGGUAUGAUGCACAGU